AUGCUGGACUUCGCUAUCUUUGCCGUCACUUUCCUACUCCUUUUGGUGGGCGCCGUACUCUACCUCUACCCGGCAUCAAGGCAAGCAUCAGGUAUCCCCGGGCUGGCUCCAACUGAUGACAAGGAUGGCAACCUGCCAGAUAUCAUUGCCAGCAGCAGUUUGCAUGAGUUCCUGGUGAAUCUUCAUGAGAAAUAUGGCCCACUGGUCUCUUUCUGGUUUGGAAGGCGUCUUGUCGUCAGCCUUGGCUCCAUUGAUCUCCUGAAACAACAUAUUAACCCCAACCGGUUGUUGGAUCCCUUUGAGACAAUGCUGAAGUCCCUCCUGGGGUACCAGUCCAGCCUGAAUGGGAAUGCAGGAGACAGCCACAUAAGGAGAAAGCUGUAUGAAAAUGGUGUGACCAUGUCCUUGCGAAGUAACAUUGCUCUCAUCCAGAAGCUAUCAGAAGAGUUGCUGGCCAAAUGGCUCUCUCUGCCUGAGGCACAACAUGUGCCACUCUGCCAACACAUGCUGGGCUUUGCCAUGAAGUCUGUCACACAAACAGCUAUGGGCAGCAGCUUUGAAGAUGACCGGGAAGUCAUCCGAUUCCGCAGGCACCAUGAUGCAGUAAUGAUGGUGUUCUUCUCUCUGUCCUUCUUUCAGAUCUGGUCAGAGAUUGGGAAAGGUUUCUUGGAUGGGUCCCUUGACAAAAACAUGACUAGGAAGAAACUCUAUGAAGACGCUCUGAUGGAGAUGGAAUCCACCUUAAGGAAAGUUACCAAGGAGCGCCGAGGCAGAUCAUUCAACAGGCAUGUCUUUAUAGACACCUUGCUGCAGGGGAGCCUGAGUGACCAGCAGAUUCUGGAAGAUACAAUGAUUUUCUCCUUGGCAGGAUGCAUAAUCACUGCUAACUUGUGCACCUGGGUGGUCUACUUUCUGACAACCUCGGAAGAUGUUCAGCAGAAUCUCUACAAGGAGAUGGACCAUGUUUUGGGAAAGGGGCCAAUUACACAUGAGAAAAUUGAGCAGCUCAGAUACUGUCGGCAAGUCCUGUGUGAGACAGUGCGAACAGCAAAGCUUACUCCCAUUGCUGCACAGCUUCAGGAGCUGGAGGGCAGAGUCGACCAACAUACUAUCCCUAAAGAGACACUUGUGCUGUAUGCUCUUGGUGUGAUGCUGCAGGAUAGUUCAUCGUGGCCAUCACCAUACAAGUUUGACCCAGAGAGAUUUAAUGAUCAACUGGCCAUGAAAAACCUCUCCCUGUUGGGUUUUUCAGGAAGCCAAGAAUGCCCAGAGUUGAGGUUUGCUUAUAUGGUGGCUACAGUUCUGCUCAGCGUCCUGGUAAGGAAACUGUAUCUCCACCCAGUGAAAGGGCAAGUCAUGGAGACCAAAUAUGAGCUGGUAACCUCACCAAAGGAGGAAGCCUGGAUAACGGUGUCUAAGAGAAGCUAAGAGCAACCAAAACAAGGGACUGAAAGUGCCAGCAGUGAAGUUAUGAGCAAGGGUCUUACAGGGAAUUGCUGGUACCACACUGCUUCAGCCAAAGAUUUUUACAUUCAGAUUUUGUUACCUUCCAUGUUCUUAACCACAUGCCUCCCUCAUGUA